UAGGACAUGGUCUCCUUCCCUGCGGUGGCUGUGAUCUUCUCCCCGGAGGAAUGGCUGUGCCUGGAUGCCUCUCAGCGGAAGCUCUACAGAGACGUGAUGCUGGAGACUUAUGGGCACCUGCGGGCAGUAGGAUAUUGCAAGGUGAAACCUGUGCUGAUCUCCUGGUUGGAAGAUGGAAUCCUGGAGAGGCUGCCAAGAGGCAUGUUUGCAGCAGAACCAAAGCCAGAAAUCUACCCAUGUCCCUUGUGGUCACGGACUUUCUCCAAUCAGAACUUCCUUAAUUAUCACAUGAACCCAAUUCAUCCCUCUUGGAUAGUCCCAGGAGCAUUGCCAAGAGAGCAAGCGUCAUCAGAGAAUUCCUUUCCUCGGAAUGAGAACCAAUGGCAAAAACAUUCUAAUACUUACAAUGACAAAACUAGAAAUGACAUACUUGACAGUCAAAAGCACAAAGAAAGUUCCAUACCUUUAGAUAAAAAAAUUUCAAUAGCUUUAUCUAGAUUAGGGAGCUCUAAUAAACAUGAGAUUUCAAAUGCGGAAAACACUAACACCUGGCAUACAUUACAUCCAGAAGAUACAGGUAAACUAGGUCAAGGAUUAGGAAUAAAAAGAUUUUUAAGAGAUAAAAAUGGGGACUGUGGGCAAGGCUUUAGUCAAAAGUCAAAACUUAUCACACAGCAGAAGAGAAACAGUGGAGAGAAGUCCCAUGUUUGUAUGGAAUGUGGGCGAGGCUUCAGUCAUAGGUCAAGUCUCAUCACACACCAAAGACUACAUACAGGAGAGAAGCCCCAUGUUUGUGGGGAGUGUGGGCGAGGCUUCAGUCAUAGGAAAGAGCUCGUCACACACCGGAGGACACACACAGGAGAGAAGCCCCAUAUUUGUAGGGAAUGUGGGCGAGGCUUCAGUCGUACGUCAAGUCUCAUCAUACACCAAAUGAUACACACAGGAGAGAAGCCCCAUGCUUGUGGGGAGUGUGGGAAAGGCUUCAGAGAAAGGUCAAGUCUCAUCAAACACCAGAGGACACAUUCAGGGCAGAAGCCCUAUGUUUGUAUGGAAUGUGGGCAAGGCUUCAGUGUCAGUUCAAGUCUCAUCAGACACCAAAGGAUACACACAGAAGAGAAGCCCCAUACUUGUGGAGAGUGUGGGAAAGGCUUCAGAGAUAGGUCAUAUCUUAUGAAACACCAGAAGACACAUUCAGGGGAGAAGCCCUAUGUUUGUAUGGAAUGUGGUCGAGGCUUCAGACAUAGGUCAUAUCUCAUCAUACACCAAAGGAUACACACAGGAGAGAAGCCCCAUGUUUGUAGGGAAUGUGGGAGAGGCUUCAGUCAUAGGUCCAGUCUCAUUACACACCAAAGGAUGCAUACAGGAGAGAAGCCCCAUGUUUGUGGGGAGUGUGGGCGAGGCUUCAGUGAGAGGUCAAGUCUCAUCAAACACCAGAGGACACAUACAGGAGAGAAGCCCUAUGUUUGUAUGGAAUGUGGGCGAGGCUUCAGUCAUAGGUCAAGUCUCAUCACACACCAAAGACAACAUACAGGAGAGAAGCCCCAUGUUUGUGGGGAGUGUGGGCGAGGCUUUAGUCAUAGGUCAAAGCUCGUCACACACCAGAGGACACAUACAGGAGAGAAGCCCCAUGUUUGUAGGGAAUGUGGGCGAGGCUUCAGUCGUACGUCAAGUCUCAUCAUACACCAAAUGAUACACACAGGAGAGAAGCCCCAUGCUUGCGGGGAGUGUGGGAAAGGCUUCAGAGAUAGGUCAAGUCUCAUCAAACACCAGAGGACACAUUCAGGGCAGAAGCCCUUUGUUUGUAGGGAGUGUGGGAAAGGCUUCAGAGUUAGGUCAAUUCUUAUCAAACACCAGAAGACACAUUCAGGGGAGAAGCCCUAUGUUUGUAUGGAAUGUGGGCGAGGCUUCAGUCACAGGUCAAGUCUCAUCAGACACCAAAGGAUAAUUCAGCUUCCCCCUGAAGCCACGUUUCUCCACAAUAAACCAGUUGCAUUUCCAAAGCCUCCUAUGACUCUUCACGACAUGGUGACCUUCCCUGAUGUAGCUAUAAUCUUGUCCACCAAGGAGUGGCCAUGCUUGGAUGCCUGUCAGAUAAAACUCUAUAAAGACAUGAUGCUGCAAACCCACAAGGACCUGCAGGAAGUAGUUGUGCACUCAACGGUGGAGCUAGUGAAGUCUGGGACUGAGGUGUGGAAAUCUGGGAUAUCAAUGAAGAUCCACUGGAAGGCAUCCAGUUACACCUUCACCGGUUAUGGAUGCACUGGCUGA